AGAGCAUUAUUUCUAAUACUUGACAGAAAAGUUGUAUGGACAGGGAAGGAACCUGAAUUUGCUUCUGUGAGUUUGUGUAAGAAAAUUUCAGCAUCCUGUCAUCAACCUUUCUGGACCUCUUUCCCUCUUCUGUAAGGCCUAGUUUACUUUGAUUUAGGAAGAAUUCUAUAAUAUCCAGAAUCAUGUCUUCUGUUUUAUUGGUAAUGCCUAGCCAGCCUGGCCAACAUGGCAAAACCUUGUCUCUACUAAAAAUACAAAAAUUAGCUAGGCAUGGUAGCACACGCCUAUAAUCCCAGCUACUCAGGAGGCUGAGGCAUGAGAAUUGCUUGAACCCAGGAGAUGGAGGUUGCAGUGAGCAGAGAUCAUGCCACCGCACUCCAGCCUGGGUGACAGAACAAGACCCUGUCUCCAAAAAAAAGAAAAAAGUAAUGCCUAGGACAUUACUCAGAUUGAUUUCAAUAAUAGCUGCCUUUGAGUACGGGAACUAUGUGCUGUAAUUGUCAUAAUGUUAUCUCCUUCUUCUAAAGAACUUCAUGGGGUAAUGGAUGAUAUGUCAAUUUUACAAUAAGCACAUAGAAUUAACUCCCAAGUAAUCUGCACAAAUCCUGACAGUUAUAAGUGUUGGAGCCAGGACAUGAAGCUAGCUGUCUCUGAAUCUGAAGCCUACCCCUUUCUCUAGUAUUUAAGGCCCUAGUUUCUUAAACAAGGCUGGUAGUUUGCAGUUUCUUCCCUCCACAAAAAACUUAAGCUAGCCCUUCAGUAUUUACCAGGCUCACACUCAACACCUGAAAAUGAUGUAUCUGGCCCACAUUCUUUGACACACCACCACUCCUCACAUACACCAGCCUUAUGGAAUGCUUUUAACAAGAUUGUACAAAAAUGAAUAAACUCAUUGUUUAUAAGAAUUCUGGAAAUAAAUAUCCCCAAACAGAAAAGGACUAUAUUCCAAUUUAUUUCUUUCAACAAUGUUUCCUAGUUUCUACUUGGGAUUUUUAUCUCAAACCUCUCAAAUAAUGGGUUUAUUUAUUUGAAAUCACGUUGUUGAAAGAAUUUUAAAUAAAAAUCUUUCCUCUGAGAUGGAUGAUGAUGACUAGGAAAUUCAUCCCCAUGUUCCCAUUUAUGGGAAGUGAGGGGAUCACCCUGCAUGGGCAACAGUACACGAGCUAUGGAAGCUCAUCCUCCACUGCUGAAAUGUUUAAUCUGAGAUUACAAUGAGCGUCCUUCUCUUUUUUUCUCAUUUAUUCCACAUGGAAUGUGGUAAUUAUCAAGUUUUAUCUCCAAGCUCAAAGCCAGACACAAAGUUUGAGUGCUCUGCAUGUUAAAAAGAACUAUGUGGACUUUACAGCUCCUUCCAUUCCUGAAAUUCUACGGUUCAUCCUUUCCGGCAGACACAACAAACAAUUUCCAGUCCCACGUACACAAUCUAAAAAAAAAAAUUGGGGAGGGCCAGCGCGCAUGCUCAAUACUCAAGCCAGCCAGCCUGUCCCACAGCCAGUUGUUUCUGCGCCUGCGUACGGGAGACUCCUCGCCCAGUUUGCGGGCGGGAAGCAACCUGGAGAACCCGGAUGGAACCCGGGCCUGGCUGGUUAGGAGUUUGUUGCGGAUGCUUCUCUCUCCAAGCGCACCGCAGAUUCCUAUUCGAGGGUGGGACCUGAGGAACCAUCGCCGGCCUAGACUGGUUCCGACGGCGAGACGCUGGGCCCUAGACUGAGCGGAGAGCGGAACUGGAGCCUGAAACGGGCGCUCGAAAGAAGCCCGAGCAUCCCUUGGGCCUGCGUCUCAGGCUCGGAGACCGGCGGGCGGAGACCGCACUGAGUCUUUUCUUUCCUCGCCGCUGGCGUUCUUAGCUCACCCAGGAGGCUCUAAAAAUCUGCGUCCUUAACAGUAAUACCACCAGGCCCUAUCAAUUAAGAGCUGCUUGUUGUUUGCAUGUAUUCUUAAAAUUAAACCUCCCAACAACCCUGUAAGCAAAAUUCUGUGGCAUCUCUGGAAUACUACCUGAGAAUUUUUGUGUGCCAUGUCGAAGAAACGCAAAUGGGAUGAUGACUAUGUUCGCUACUGGUUCACCUGUACAACAGAAGUUGAUGGAACUCAGCGCCCACAGUGUGUGUUGUGUAACUCAGUAUUUUCAAAUGCUGAUCUCAGACCAUCAAAACUGUCAGACCAUUUUAACAGACAGCAUGGUGGUAUAGCUGGGCAUGAUGUCAAUAGCCUGAAGCAUAUGCCCACACCAUCUGAUCAGAGUGAAACCUUGAAAGCAUUUGGAGUUGCAUCUCAUGAGGAUACUUUAUUACAAGCAUCAUAUCAAUUUGCGUAUUUAUGUGCCAAGGAGAAGAAUCCUCAUACAAUAGCCGAAAAGUUAGUGAAACCUUGUGCACUGGAAAUAGCACAAAUAGUUUUGGGACCAGAUGCACAAAAGAAGCUUCAGCAGGUACCCUUAUCAGAUGAUGUGAUUCAUUCUAGAAUUGAUGAAAUGAGCCAAGAUAUCUUACAGCAAGUUCUAGAAGAUAUCAAAGCCAGUCCUCUUAAAGUGGGCAUUCAGCUUGCUGAGACAACUGACAUGGAGGACUGCAGUCAGCUAAUGGCAUUUGUGCGGUAUAUAAAAGAAAGAGAGAUCAUAGAAGAAUUUCUCUUCUGUGAACCAUUGCAGCUAUCCAUGAAAGGAAUAGAUGUGUUCAAUCUCUUCAGAGACUUCUUUCUGAAGCAUAAGAUAGCACUUGAUGUAUGUGGCUCUAUUUGUACUGAUGGUGCCUCCUCUAUGCUAGGAGAAAAUUCUGAGUUUGUUGCCUAUGUGAAAAAAGAGUUACCUCAUAUCGUGAUCACACAUUGUUUAUUGAACCCUCAUGCACUUGUCAUAAAGACAUUGCCUACAAAACUGAGGGAUGCUCUGUUUACUGUGGUGAGGGUAAUAAAUUUCAUCAAAGGGAGAGCUCCAAAUCAUCGCCUGUUUCAGGCUUUCUUUGAAGAAAUUGGCAUAGAAUAUAGUGUCCUCCUUUUCCAUACUGAAAUGAGGUGGCUUUCCCGAGGCCAGAUACUUACUCAUAUUUUUGAAAUGUAUGAAGAAAUAAAUCAGUUUCUUCACCAUAAAAGCAGUAAUUUGGUUGAUGGCUUUGAAAAUAAAGAGUUUAAAAUUCACCUAGCAUACCUUGCAGAUUUAUUCAAACAUUUAAAUGAACUCAGUGCAUCUAUGCAAAGGACUGGGAUGAACACAGUAUCAGCUAGAGAGAAGUUAUCUGCUUUUGUUAGAAAGUUUCCAUUUUGGCAAAAACGAAUUGAGAAAAGAAAUUUUACCAAUUUUCCUUUUCUUGAAGAAAUAAUUGUUUCAGAUAAUGAAGGAAUAUUCAUUGCAGCUGAAAUAAUACUGCAUCUGCAGCAAUUGAGCAACUUCUUUCAUGGCUAUUUUUCCAUUGGAGAUCUUGAUGAGGCAAGUAAAUGGAUACUGGAUCCAUUUCUUUUUAAUAUUGAUUUUGUUGAUGAUAGUUAUUUAAUGAAAAAUGAUCUUGCUGAAUUACGAGCUAGUGGCCAAAUCCUAAUGGAAUUUGAGACAAUGAAGCUUGAGGAUUUCUGGUGUGCUCAAUUCACAGUGUUUCCAAACCUGGCAAAGACAGCUCUAGAAAUCCUUAUGCCAUUUGCAACUACAUACCUUUGUGAGUUGGGAUUUUCAUCACUUUUACAUUUCAAAACAAAGUCCAGAAGCAGCUUUAAUCUGAGUGAUGAUAUCCGUGUGGCUAUUUCAAAAAAAGUUCCUCGUUUUUCAGACAUCAUUGAACAAAAGCAGCAGCUACAGCAGAAGUCAAUGUAAGCUGAUAUACUUUUUAAAUGUGUAAUUUUAAACAAUAUCAUAAAAUUAAGCUGUAAUUCUGUUUCUUUCCAUUCAUAUUUAUGAUACACUGAAUUCUAUGUUUGAAAAAAUUUAAUGACUUUAACUUUGAAUGAGGCAUGUGAAAGUGUGUUUUGAGAAUAAAAACACAAACAGCAGAAAAGAUGAAGUACUACUGCCUAGUUGCUAUCAUGAGAUUUUCCUAAUUCUGAGUUGCUGUUUAACCUGUUUAUGAGGUAUGUAAAAAAGAUACCUAAACACUAGAAUAUCCAGUUAAAUGGUACAAUAAGCCAGGAAUUGAGCCAGGAGAAAAGAAAAGACUUCCCAGAAGUCAAAAAGGCAAAAUGACAGAUUGAGUUCACCCAUCUUUGUUAUGAAGAAGCUAAUGAAAUCAGAAGAGAAUUAUGAAAUAUAAUGGGAAAAGGAAUGAUCUGGCUUGUAUAAGAGUUAUUUUAAUAUACUCUUUGGAGUUAGUCUCACAAUGUCCAUUCCUAUAGCUCCUGUGUUAUGAAUAUUAAUAAAUAGCCGAAUAUAUUA